AUGGCGCUGAUCCCGUCGCAGGUCCUGCGGGUCGCCAUCCUGCUGUCGUACUUCUCCAUCCUCUGCCACUACAAGGCGCUGGACAUGCCCGCGCACCAGACGUACGGCGGCAGCUGGAAGUUCCUCACCUUCAUCGACCUGGUGAUCCAGGCGGUGUUUUUCGGACUGUGCGUCCUGAUCGACGUGUCCAGUCUGCUGACGAAGGGCGGCGACAGCCGGGAGCAGGAGCGGCAGCUGAGGAAGCUGAUUGGCCUGAGGGACUGGAUGAUGGCCGUGCUGGCCUUCCCUGUCGGAGCAUUUGUGGUCUUCACAUUCUGGAGUCUGUACCUGUACGACAGAGAGCUGGUCUACCCCAAACUACUGGACAACUUCAUCCCUCAGUGGCUCAACCACGGCAUGCACACCACCGUUCUCCCCUUCAUCAUCAUCGAGAUGCGGACCACCCACCACCGGUAUCCCAGCAGGCCGUGGGGUCUGGCGGCGGUGUGUGGCUUCGGCGUGGGAUACAUCCUCUGGACGUGUUGGGUGCACCAGGUGACGGGGGUGUGGGUGUACCCGGUGCUGGAGCGCAUCGCCCCGCUGGCCCGGGUCGCCUUCUUCAGCGUGAUGACGCUGGUGAUCUGCGUCUUCUACGUUCUGGGGGAAAUCCUCAACAGCUACGUCUGGGACCAGCCGCACACAGCAAAGGUCAAAGGUGAGUGAUCGUCUCUCGGCCGUGUGGACGUCGACGUCGUCCUCGGGCGGACGGAGGAGGAGGAGGAGGAGGAGGAGGAGGAGGAGGAGGAGGAGGAGGAGGAGGAGGAGGAGGAGACGUGCCCCCGCCCGUCCAGGACAGCACAAGGAAGAACACAAAGUGACCUCUGUGGAGGUGGAAAUGAACAUUCUAACUCUGAACUGUAUCCAUAACAAUAACCAUAAAAAAACAUCAUCAGUUAAAUGUAAAUAGAGAAAAAAUGAAGACGAGGAGUCAAACAUCAUCUUUUUCUUUUUGUUCGUCAGUUAAGCGACUGUGAUGCAUCUGGAUUUUGUUUUAUAGGACGGGGAAUAUUUACACACACACACACACACACACACACACACACACACACACACACACACACACACACACACACACACACACACACACACACACACACACACA